AUGGACAUGACGAGAAGUAAUACACGGUCGCCUCCGGUGAAGCUGAUUCAGCUGCUGCUGACACUGUCGUCGCCGGCAGCGGCGAGCAGGGUGAUCACCAAGUGCAGAAAUAAUAAGCGGGUGCAGCUGCAGGCCCAACACGGCGGCGCGUUCGAGUGCCGGACGUGCGGCCGCCGGUUCGCCACCUUCCAGGCGCUGGGCGGCCACCGGACCAGCCACAAGCGGCCGCGGGUGCGCGCUCAUGGCCUAGACCUCCUGCUCGGUGCUCGCCCCGGCAAAGCGAGGGGGCCAGUGCAGCACCGAUGUGGCACGUGCGGCCAGACGUUCCCCACGGGGCAGGCGCUCGGCGGGCACAUGCGCCGCCACAGGCCGCUAUCCGUGGGCGCCGGCACCGCCGCGACAUGGACGGAGGCGACCACAGAGACAUUGUCGUCGUCGCCAUCGUCCGGCUUGUCUUCUGAGCGUGAUGACGACGACGCGUGGCCUACUUUAAUCCAGUUUAUAUGAGGGAGAGAUUAAUAUAACAAGCUUGGGAUUGAAGUGCAUUGCUCUACGCUUGAGGAAUGCACUUGCAUGCAUGCAUGCGCACG